ACAGCAGAGCUGGUCCAUUACGAAGGUAGCCCGAUCAAGAUAUAACCCCUCAGCUGCCAGCGCCUCGCGCGAGGCUGAGGAACAAGGGCCUGUGAUUGGGACCACGUCGCGCAGCGCUUAAUAUUGCGCGUCCAAGCAAACGAUCGACCUGAAGCUGAUCCCCGCAGGUUCCCCUUCUGCCAGGACAACCCAUUUUGAUCUGGCUGCCAAUGGAGGUGGCUAUAUCGCGAGAUAUCCGUGGCGGGGAGGAAACUCAUCGCUCGCCACACCAGGUCGAUCGCCUCUUCUCAUCUGUCUCCUCCCCAUCCCGUACGAUCCCCAAGACACGAUGCGACGACUCUGCGACCACUACCGAAGAAGUGCUGUCGACCUCGAGCUCCGUUCGAGCGCCCACUUCAACACCGGACACCACGGCGGUCUCCUCGAGGAGCUCAUCGGUGGAACUGCAAACCCCUCAGUCGAUGUUCAAGAAAUACCGUACCCUCCCAUUUGUCAAGAGCACCGCAAUCCGUAUUUAUCCAGACGCCACCGGUCAGAUCACACCAGCACAUUGGGAUAGAUUCUAUGAGAUCGCUCGGAUGUUCCAAAAGGCCGUCGAAGAGCACGAGACACUGAGACACUAUGCCCAAGGGGUUGGUUAUCUGUUGAAGCAAUGCGGAACAUCGCCGUCGAAAUCUUGCCCUUCCAUAGUUGUCACUUGCACGAAAGAAGUCUGCCGGGCCUUGGGGAAACUGCUGGUGCGACCAGACUUGAAGGAGCAAUAUGAUCCCCCAAGCCCACAGCGUCGCCGCAAACUAUUCAAUUCUCAGCAGAAAAGCCACCCCACCCAAGACAAGCCAAGAUUCCAGAUCUAUCUAUGGAUCCAGGAGGGGCCACUACCCUUCACUCUCCUCUGGCGACGCAGGGUCGCCGAAGGGCUCCAAAUUGAACCGCUCCAUGACACCGACAGUCUUCCCUGGUCAGACCUAACCAUGUGCAGCUCGAGGGUUACGUAUAGUGACGGGUCCUGUACGACCUUGUCCUGCCUUCUAGAGGUCGACUCCAAGGUCUAUGGGCUAACAGUCGGGCAUGCGUUCGCACACUUGAUGAAGGAUCCUCAAAGAGCAGAUGACACUAAACCAGAGUCCAACCAUGCACCCAAUAUGCUAGAUGAAGGCCAAAGCAGCCCGGCUGGCGAGCAUUUUAAUUUCACGGUAAACGAUGUCGAGUACGAGAUCUCUGAAGACGACAGCACCCCGAGAGCCCCUGCUACGCCUCGCCCUACAUCUGCCCCAAUUUCUACCUUUCUUCCGACAACCCGCAGGAACCCAUAAUACUGCGCGAUGUCGCGCAGCAUAAGCCAGAGAGUGAGGCUGAGGUGGUUAUUCUCCGUUCGCUGCAAAGUCCCGUCCGAGGCACUUUGCUGCGCGGGAGCUCAUAUAUUGGUGGCAUAAACCGACCAGGCCAUGCGGAAGUGUGGAAUAUCUCGUUUACUGGGCCCGAUGGACUACAGAAGGGCGACUCCGGUUCCCUGGUCGUAGAUCUCAUCACACAUGAGGUCUACGGUUAUGUUGUAGGGCUCAACCCAUUCGGGGAAGCCUAUAUCAUGCCCAUGGGGGCUGCCCUGGAUCAGAUCAAAGAGGCAUCGAAUGCACACAGUAUUUCCCUGCGCAAUCCGGUCACUGCCCUUAAGGAAAUGGUGGAUUGGUUUAUUUUCGAUUCAAGC